AUGCCUCAGAUACAAUGCUCUGAACGAACAGGUUUAAUAUUCAACGGUUCUGAUAGCGCGCAGCAAAUGAAUAUAACUAUAUCAGGACUUCUUGUAAGCAACAGCUUUAUCAGCUUCCAAGACUCGUCCGUUUAUGUUCAUGGUUGUAAAUUCCAAGACAGCGUACGUGGUGUGGAAAUCAAUAUUUCUGACGGGAUGUUUGUGAACAUUCAGAUUGUAAAUUCAUCCUUCUCUAGGAACAGCAAAUGUAUCUCUGUAAAUGUCAACAGUAAAAGCAGUUCUUUUCAACGAACUCAAGUAACGUUUAAGAUUGAAAGUUCCCUUUUUGAAGACAACUUUUUGUCAGAUGACGGGAAAGUUAUAUCAUUUGCUGCAUUAUCUUUAACUAAACGAUCUGUAAGUUGUAAUGUGAUCUUGGAAAGCACAGUGUUUCACCGAAACAUGCUUAGUCCGAAAGGUCUCAUUUGGGUAGAUACGAGAAAAGCCAGCCAGUUCAUUAAACUUCAGAAUGUGACUUUUAUUGACAAUUAUGGUUCGUCGCACCAAGCUCUUAUGAUGGGUGGUUACAGUGAAUGGAACGUUAACAGCAACGACCUAACAAUUUCAGUCAAUUCAAGCACCUUCGAAAGUCAACAUGCGCGGUCUUUCAAUAUCAUUGCCUCCAACAUUUCGGUAGCCAUCUAUAACUCCAGUUUUACUGGCCAAAGGGUGAUCGGGAGUGGUGGAGCCAUAUGCUUGAGAGGAAAUUAUCUUCAUACGUUUAACGUGUAUAAUUCGUUUUUUGUAAAUACAGCUGCAUAUCAAGGUGGAGCAAUUUCCAUUGAAUGUGCCAAUUUUCACAAGGUUAGUUUCUUCGAUAACAGUUUCACCAACAACACUGCGAAAAAUGGUAAAGGGGGAGCGCUUUAUAUUUACACAUCAGGGUCAAUCUACAACAAUUCUCGGUACUCGACAGACGACCAUAAUAGCGUGCAAUACAGUAUUCGACGAGACGCGCUAUUUCACUUGGGCGUCACUAACUGUGUUUUUAUCAACGGUAGCAGUUCCGAUGGGGGAGGAGGUAUACAUAUCAAGGCCACGAAGGUUUUGAUGAGACUGCGUCACUCUGCGUUCAUUGGCUGUUCCAGUAACGCACAAAGGCAUGGAGGAGGAGGGGCUUUAAUAGAUGUAUUAACGUCGGACCCAAAAAGAAAGCUGGUCAAAGAUUUACUUUUGAUUGUAGAAGGUUCCCGUUUUGAGCGGUGUAGACAGGCGCUGAAGACUACUGACAUAACUGGGGGCUCAUUGAGUGUUUUAGCAAAUGCAACCCAAAUACGAAUUUUUAUAAAUAACAGCGAUUUUAUUUCUAAUCAUAGACGUGCUGUUGCUGUUUACUCCCUAUACAAUUUGACAAAAAGCGUCAGCAAUGUUACAGUUAAUAACUCUGUCUUCUUACACAAUAAUGGAACACCUAUCGUCAUAUUAAUUUUGAAAGAAAGCAAUAUCGUUUUUGAAAACGUUACCAUAGAGUCUAAUAGCGGAGGAUACUAUGGGGGCGCUUUUAUCCGUCUUAAUGCAACUCUUAGCAUACUCGGAUCUCGAUUCUUAAAAAAUAGAGGCUCUUAUGGCGGAGCGCUAGCAGUGAUCUUGAGUAAACUGAGAGUGUUUGAUUCCGUUUUUGACGGCAAUCAUGCCCGGAUCGACUAUUUGGGUCCACUUAAAAAGGGAAUGGGAUUUGGAGGCGCCAUGAAUAUCUUCGGUAACCAAGGACAGUCCUUAUCUAUUGAAAUAUAUAACGCUACAUUCAAGAAUUGUUCUGCUAGUCUCGAAGGAGGUGCUAUUUCUAUAAAAGCCACAGAUUCCGCGUAUGUCAACGUUAAAAUCAAAGGAUCUAAAUUCUCGCAGAACUCAGUUUUUGCGCCGAAUGAAAAUAGCUACGGAGGGGCAGUGAUCAUCUUUGUAGGAACAGACACCGAAGUUGUUCCACAAUGUUUCCCACUAGAUAUAUUUUGGUCAUGCAAGCCUCGUGGUAACAGGAACUUUCGCUUAUGGGAUUACAGAAGUUAUUUUCUUUUUGAAAAUACAACGUUUGUGAGAAAUGCUGCAGUUAUGGGUGGCGCGAUAUAUUUAAAAUACGGAAACGCAACAUUUCGAAAUUGCUUCUUCAGUGACAAUUUCGCAGCAGACCUUGGCGGUCACAUAUACAUUGGAACUGGUUCAUCCAGCCUUCAUUUGCAAAGCACUGUUUUCAAUCAAACUAUAAACCAGUUGCAGCUAGUGGGAGAAAGGUACACCAUAGGGUCUUUUCUUCACGCUGAAACUUCAGGAGCACUUGUUUUUCACAACACCACAAUGGACGCUAAACGAAUGCAUGACAGCAUCAUAACUAGUACUCUCUUGCUGGUUCGGAAUGGUGGAUUGAUAGAUCUUGGAGACAAUAAUUUGACAAGGUUUUAUUGUCCACUUGGUAUGAAGAUGGAUAUUACUAAUUUUACAACUUGUGAAGUACAAACGAUAAAUGACACAUGCAGUAUCGCAGUAGACAUUCGCUCUCUACGAUAUUACUGUUUGACAUGUCCACAGGGAAAGUAUAGUCUGAAUCGGGGAGGUGCCUUUGGAAACGAGUUAAUACCAGGAUUUCAGUGUCUACCGUGCCCGUUUGGAGCAAACUGUUCUGAAAAUAUAAUCGCCAAAAAUAACUUUUGGGGCUUUGAAGAACAGGAUACCAUUUCAACGCUACAAUUUACCUUGUGUCCCUUGGGUUACUGUCGCUCACCUGAUAUAAACGAUUACCCUGAAUAUAAUGGUUGUCAGGGUUACCGUUCUGGUAAAUUAUGCGGACAGUGUAGUGACGCCUACUCGGAGACACUUUACUCCACACACUGCAGACCUUCACAAGAGUGUAACGAUUACUGGUUUUGGCCUGUCUCGUUACUAUAUGUAUUGGUUAUGGCACUGUAUUUUACAUUUAGGCCUCCUUUUGCGGCCUGGACCACGCGCCAAAUAUUCUGGUUUAAAAAAGAUUAA